ACAUAGCAACGCUCUCCAUCAUCAUCGCCUUCGGCUUCCUUGGUCCAUACCGAUCUCGAAUCUAUCAUGGUAUGAAUUUGACCAUCCUGCGAUCAAUCCUUCAUCGAGAUAGACUUGCAUCCCACAUCGAGGAUUUGACUCCUCAUUAGCCAAGUUGACAUCAUCCACUCAUCACCUCAACACUAUUCAACCAACCAUUUCAUCCAAAUCCAUUGACCAUCUGAAGAUGACGCCUCCUCUCGUACCUCUUGCGGAGAUUCCGACCGUUUCUCUGCUUUACAAGCUGAAACGUCUCAUCCCAGCCCCUCACCCCCUCGCGCAGCCAUCCAAGGCAUUCAAUGACACCAUCUCCCUGAUCCGCAACGACAUCACCAAACUGGAAGGUGUCGACUGCAUCGUCAAUGCAGCAAAUACAUCCCUCCUCGGAGGUGGUGGGGUAGACGGUGUUAUCCACCGCGCUGCCGGACCCGAUCUGCUGGACGAGUGCCGCACUCUCGACGGCUGCGACACGGGCGAUGCCCAGAUCACUUCCGCCUACGAGCUUCCCUGCAAGCGGAUCAUCCACACCGUUGGGCCCAUCUAUGAACUUGAACGGCGAGUUGGUAAAGAGCGCCCGGAGUCGUUGCUGCGCAGUUGCUACCGUCGCAGUCUCGAGGUGGCCGUGGAGAACAACAUGAAAAGCAUUGCAUUUUCCGCAAUCAGCACUGGCGUGUAUGGAUACCCCAGCGAAGCAGCCGCCCGGGCGGCCCUUGACGAAACUCGGAAGUUCGUGGAGAAUCCGAGCCAUGUCGGGAAACUUGAGCGCAUCAUCUUCUGCAACUUUGAGCGCAAAGAUGAGAUCGCUUAUGAAAAGCUCACUCCUUUGUUCUUUCCCCGCGAAGAUCAGGACCCUUCCAUCGAUAGCGACGAUGCCGAAUCCCAGCCAGAAUCCGAUGGUGAGUCUUUGAAAUCAGCAGAGAUACUCGCAGCCAAGUUGCCCGACCCGCCAACCGUGGACCCUGCCUUGAACGGAGAACCGGACACUAAGAAACAGAAGGUUGAUAUCGAUCAAAACGAACCGAGCGGUAAAAGCAACAUGGAGGAUUUCUCUAUCAAGUCGGACGAUGACUGGGAGGAGGUUGAUAAGUCAGAAGAUGGCCGCACCGAGAAACUGGAAGAUGAACCGGUUGAGGUUGACAGGCCCUCUUCUGCAACUGACGUUCAGAGCAUCCAGUCCAGUGGGAUCAUCGACAUGGAUGGAUCGCACAUGUCGGACAGCCUCCUGGCAAAGGAUUGGUAGUUUGUGGUGCUAGUCACGCAUUAAAUAAUGAUGAACGUUUUUCUUGUGCUUGGCGCUGGGCGGGUGCUUUUAAUGGGUAGCGUUUAUGGAAAUGCAAAGCGGUUGCUUAUGAAUGGUUACUGAUACAAAGAACAUCUCUUCAUGACAUUAUUUUUUAUUAAGCAGGAUAGUCAAU